GUUUGGGUUGAUGCUGCUGCACAGAUUUUCUUCUCUUUGGGCCCUGGAUUUGGAGUCCUCCUUGCUCUGGCCAGUUACAACCAUUUCCACAACAACUGCUACCGGGAUGCACUCGUCACCAGUGCAGUGAACUGCCUCACCAGCUUCCUCUCUGGCUUUGUCAUCUUCACUGUGCUGGGCUACAUGGCUGAGAUGAGGGACGUGGAGGUGGAGGAUGUUGCCAGAGAUAAAGGGCCAAGCCUCCUCUUCAUCACCUACCCUGAAGCAAUCGCCAACAUGGUGGGAUCCACCUUCUUUGCCAUCGUUUUCUUCCUGAUGAUGAUAACUCUGGGGCUGGACAGCACGUUUGGGGGCUUGGAGGCUGUGAUCACAGCAGUGAUGGACGAGUACCCCCAGGUCCUGGCUGGGCGACGGGAGCUCUUUGUCCUGGGCCUCAUCACAGUCUGUUUCCUGGGCUCCCUGAGCACCCUCACCUAUGGAGGAGCCUACGUGGUGAAGCUGCUGGAGGAGUUUGGUGCUGGCUGCUCCAUCCUGGCAGUGGUGCUCCUGGAAACGAUAGCUGUGUCCUGGUUUUAUGGGAUACAGAGGUUCUCCCACGACGUGAAAGCCAUGCUGGGCUUCACCCCAGGGCUGUUCUGGAAGGUGUGCUGGGUUGCUGUCAGCCCUGCCUUGCUAGCUUUCAUAGUCAUCAGUUCCCUCCUGGACCAGCCACCCCUGACCCUCUUUGACUACCAAUACCCCGAGUGGAGCAUCUCAGUGGGGUACCUCAUCGGAGCAUCAUCCUUCAUCUGCAUCCCCUUCUACAUGGUGUACAAGCUCGUCUGGACACCAGGGUCUCUCAAGCAG